UGAAUCUCCCACCUCCAUACGUAUAUAUAACUCAUUAUUUUUUUUUGAUAUGUGAUUGUUGUUCAUUUGAAAACAAUUCUUGGAGUACUAAGGCUAACAAUGAUUCCAAGAUUUGUGAAAAGUACGACUUUUAUAAAUAGAAUACAAGAUUCUGUUCCCUUGAGACUGUCAAAUGCAUUUUAUUCAUCAAAGACUUCAAAGAGAAGAGGCGAUUCACAAAUUGAACCAUUAAAAGCGCCAAUUGAAAUUAAAUUAGAUGAACCUGAGCAUCCGUUUGAUAAAACAUUUAGACUUAUAAAAAGAGAUUUAACGAAUGUGAAAAAUCGAUGGUUUAACACCGAUAUAAAACGUUCUCGUUUUCAUGGAAGAAAAAUGAUUUGGACAAAGAACGAAGAUUAUCAUGAUUUACCGGAAGAAUGCGAUGUUUUGAUAAUUGGAGGAGCUGCUAUGGGCUCGUCUAUAGCACAUUUUUUGAAAAAAAAAGCUGGAGAAGGUCUCAAAAUUGUUAUAGUCGAAAAGGAUUUAACGUAUUCAAAGGCAUCGACUGUCCUUUCAUUGGGAGGAAUUCGACAGCAAUUUUCUCUUGAGGAAAAUAUUGAAAUGUCUCUAUUUGGUGCUGAAUUUAUUCGCAAUAUAAAUGAUCAUUUGAGUGUUGUUGGCCAGCCACCAGUUGAUAUACAAUAUCGUCCAUAUGGUUAUUUAUUUUUAGCUUCGGAAAAAGGUGCUGAAGAUAUGAUAGAGAAUGCAAAAUUACAACGUGAAUUGGGUGCAAAAAAUAUUCUCCUUAAACCGGAAAAAUUAAAGGAGAGAUUCCCGUGGAUGAAUAUUGAUGAUGUUGCACUUGGUUGUCUUGGAGUUGAAAAAGAAGGAUGGUUCGAUCCAUGGAGUUUUUUGUAUGCAUUCCAAAGAAAAUGUCUCAAUCAAGGGAUCUAUUAUGUUGAAGCCGAAGUUAUUGGUUUUUUGUUUAAUAAAUUAACAAAUACAAUUUAUGCCGAUUCAAAAGAAAUUACUGGUCAAUUGGCGCAAGAUGUAAUUAUUCAAACUUCUGACGGUAAACAGAGAAAAAUUCAAUAUUCUCAAUGUGUAAUUGCAGCUGGACCAAAUAGUGGAGAAAUUGCUAAAAUGGCAAGAAUUGGAAGUGGUCCAGGUGUUUUAUCUGUUCCUUUACCAGUGGAGCCAAGAAAAAGAUUUGUCUACUGUUUUCAUAGUCCCGAGGGUCCUGGGAUAAAUCUUCCGAUGACAAUUGAUCCAUCUGGAACAUAUUUCAGGAGAGAAGGUUUAGGUGGAAAUUAUAUUUGUGGACGAUGUCCAAAUGAAAAUCACGAGGAACCAAACGUUGAUAAUCUUGAAGUUGAUCAUGAAUUUUUUAAUGAUCAUGUAUGGCCUAUUCUUGCCAAACGAGUAAAAGGAUUCGAAAAUUUGAAGGUAAAAUCAUCGUGGGCUGGAUUUUAUGAAUACAAUCAUUUCGACCAAAAUGGAGUUAUUGGUCUUCAUCCCUAUUAUCCGAAUAUAUAUUUUGCAACAGGAUUCAGUGGCCAUGGAAUUCAAAAAUCACCAGCUGUUGGUCGUGCAAUUGCAGAAUUAAUUAUUGAUUCAGAAUAUUCAACAAUUGAUUUAACUAGAUUAUCUUUUGAAAGAUUCAUUACAUUAGAACCAAUGAGAGAGAGGAAUGUUGUAUAAAAUUAAUUUGCCUAUAUAAUUUCAACGCAAUAGAUUAAUUUCAAUGAAAUCAGUACUCAUCUAGAUUUAUUUUAUGAGAAAUUGAAAAAAUAAUAGAAUAUUGUAAAUUAAUUUCGUUUGAAAUUAAAAUUUUUGACAGUGAUAGGACAAUUUUUUUUUUUUUUUUU